AUGAGUGUAUAUCAAGCGUCGGCGGUGCCUCCUCCUCCAUACAGCCCUCCUCGAAGCAGGCCGCAGCGACCGAUGAGCACCGCCUUUGAACAUACCGUUGCGCCGGGCUCAACGCCUCCGCCUCCAUCCAGGUUGACAAUAUCUCCUCCUCAUCGGCCUUCUCCAGAGCCGCCUGUGAACCCCUCGUUUCCUCCGCCGCCUGGCGCUGGGGGAAGAGGAAGCUCAAGAGACCGCCGAUUUGGAUUACCGUCUCUUGGGCGCAGAAAGGAUCAUGAGCAACCGCAAGCCAGCUCGCCUGAUCCCCAAACAGCUGCCAUACAAAUGAGAAGAAGUACGGGUCCUGCAAUGUCUCAACCAGAGCCUGAACGCAUUGUAGCACCUAUACCGAGUACUCCCUUCACGGGACCUCCAGCAGCUCGUAGGGCGGCCUCGACUGGUGCAAUUGAUACCCCGACAUCUCAACGAUCUCGGUCAACAUCGCAAACGAGGUGGGAGCCUGGAAUGCCGCUUCCACCGCCACCACCCGGGCCCCCACCUUCGUCGUCAAGAUCGCAGAGUGUUCAAAGCGUAGACCGAGCCAGCGUUCCAAUCAUCUCGCCUCCAACCAGGCGGCCACCACCAAGUGGUGUUACGUCUUUGGGCCCUGUUCCUCCCACACCCGCGGACUGGGUUGAUGCUGAUGCAGAGCCCAGCCAAUCUAGCCAACCGAGCCAGUCUGGUCGCGGGCGGUCCCCUGGCUUGGUGAUUGAUACUACAACUGCUGCUAAUGCCACGGAUGUCCCAGAUCCGCUAGGAUCUUCCAACAGCGCAGGAGGCUUGAAUAGAGCUAGGGCAGUGCGACAUGAUAAGACAAUCCUCCAACGAAGAGCCGAGAGCCGAAGCCGCCAUACAUCACAUGGCUCUAUUGAUGCCAUUGCACAACCGCAUAACAUUUCAGAUAUUGUUGUUCCUUCGAGUUCUGUUGGCGUAAUGCAAAGGUUCAUGGCUGGAAAAUCGACACCUCGUAGCGCAGGCAGAAGGGAUGGUGAGUUGCCUCGAACAGCCGACUCAUUGACGCUUCAAGAUUCUCGAAAUUCAACGCCACGAGCGCCAAGGUCCGGACAACUUGAAGCCGCUACCCCCCCAUUUUCCCCAUAUCACGGCAAAGGCGUUCAAAUGCCUACACCCUCCAAAGCCGUGGCCCCCAAGGCUCUACCGACUCCCCCUCCUCAGACACGGUCAGCAUCUGGCUCACGGCCAAGAGAUCCAUCUCGCCCCCCCAUAUCGGCAUUGACGCCUAUUUCUAAACAAACGGUCAUUAGUCAAACCGCUGAGCAAUUUGCUACUGCUACAAUCGAGAGAUUCCGAUCAUUCGCCGCCAAUGAAUCAGCCGCAGCAUCAGAUGCGGAUAGAGUUCGUCUGUUUGCCGAUUUCAUUGUAAACGAAUCCCGAAUUCGACGAGAACGAUAUUCCUCAGCCAUUGGAGCAAUGGGCUCGGAAAUUUUUGAUCUUACUCGUGACCUGUUUCGUCCAGUGGUCUCCUCGUCAAGACGGGAGUCCGGAGCGUCUCAAGAUGAAUGGACACCAGCGUCGACAGAUCUAAGUUGUUCCCAGAGAGACUCAACGAGUUCGAUUGUCCAUGGUGAAGGGCUGUCAAGCUCGGCACCAGCUUCUGCCGGCCUUUCCGCAUCGCCUGGCAGCGCCCAGCCACAAGGUAACUGGACCAAUAACUAUAUGCCAUCCCUUUCUCCGAUCCUCAGCAUGAGCGUCAGUGACAACUAUGAAAAUGGAAGCUCGCGUGGACGACCGCCAAGCCGGUGGUGGGAGACCGAUUCUCAGGGAGAGCCUCGCGUGUUUGAGAGAUCCAAGCGAGAAUCCAAGUACAUGGGAGUUCCCAAGGAUCAAUGGGUUGAGGAGGAGCAAGGAACAGGGGCUUUUAUCGGAACGAGCGAGUACGAGCCGUCCACGGAAUAUCCGCCAGAAAAGAUAGGAUGGCACGACCAAGAGGAGUCGUCAUCAUCCUGGACACCGCAACCGUUGCGGCUUUCUAGUGGAACACCCGCGGGUUCAAGUUCGUCCCAGACGUCACAUCAUAGGCCCGACGCAGUGGAUGUUUCCCGGCUCGUUACUCUGCCACCACCAUACCCUCGGCAUUAUCCUGCUCUCAAUAAUAACCAUCCGGAAUUGACAGCAACGCGGACAGCUGUCAGAGCUUUGAAUGAGCUGGCAGAAAUCAAUAAUGUAAAAGAGAGAUUUGCAAUCGCCAGCUCCAAGCGUCGUGAAGAAUUCUCCAAGGCAGCGUCUGAGCGUCGGCAAUCGCUGAUGGCCAACUUGCAGAAAGAAAUCAGCUCUGGGAACAUUGGGUACGCAGAUGCUGCUGUUAUUGAGUCGGAUUCUCAACAGCAAGAGAAAAAUAAGAAGAAGGAGCUGGAAAAAACGGAAUACGAGCAAUUCCAGAAUGAGGUCAUUCGCCCCCUUAAUGAUCUCUUGACUGCCCAAAUCGCAAAAGCUGAUGCUCUUUAUGAAAACUUAUCGAAGCACCUUUUUGACAAUGGCCAAAUGGAUGCUGAUAUGCCGCAAGAGGAGGGGGAUGACCGACCUGAAUUACUCGAAAAGCUUACUCUGUUGAAAUGGAUUUUCGAAACCAGGGAAUCCCUGCACCGAGCUAUUUAUGAUAUUUUAUCUGACCGCAAUACACGAUAUCGCGAGGUAGUCCUUACACCUUACCGUCUUUCUGGAAACAAUGAGAAGCUCAGGUCCGCGGAGGCAUUUUUCGCUGAGGACGCCGCAAAGCGAGAAUAUUCGCUCGCCACUGAGGUUCUGGAUCGGGCUCGACAGUUCAGAACUACUGUUGAGGAGGCUGUCGAGCGUGGAGUUGCUUUGCAACUGUCGGCAUUCUGGGACAUCGCCCCGCCCCUACGCCAGUUACUCGAUAGCAUUCCAGAAGACCUUGACGGAUUCAACAUUCAGAUACCCGCUUCCGAGUUUGAGGAGAACCCGGCAUACCACGACCACCCGUUGCAGUAUCUUUACAGUCUUUUGAUGCAUGCCGAGAAGAGCACGCGUCAGUUUAUCGAAUCCCAUACCAAUCUACUGUGUCUCUUGCACGAGGUCAAGGGAGCAGUAGUAAAUGCCAAGGCAAGGGUACUGGAGACACAAGUCACUGAGGCUGACGGCUCAGCUAUCAGUGCUGAAGACCGAGAACAGAGGGCCAACAGCAUGAGACAGAUGGAAGAUCGACGAUUAACAGAGGAUCUCCAAGAAAAGGUGCGCCUAGUUGAGGAACAGUGGAAUAGCGCCCUUGGCGAAGGGAUCAAGACAGUCAAGGACCGUGCCGGCGUAUUGCUUCUAAGUACCGGCGGGUGGGACGAGACGUUGGAAGAGGAGCAGUCGUUUCUGGGGUGGGCCAGAUGA